AUGCGGCCAUCAGCCAUCCUCCUCGUCAUCGGAGUCCGGACGAACAGGCAUAUAUAUAACUUCUCAUGCCAUUUCUCUCUUCCUUGUCCUUGGCUGACUGCCGACUCUGACGCAUCUCUGCCCAUGUCUGCGUCCGGAGACUUUGGGCCAGCGCCCCCGGGCGUCAACCUCUCAGAGAACCAAAAUGGCUCUAUGCUUGGGGCGGUCAUUACCCUCAUUAUACUCGGGACGCUGUCCGUCGUACUGCGGAUAUACGCUCGGACUGAAUUCAAAAAGUUCCGAUUUUCUAUUGACGAUUAUCUGAGCUUUGCUGCCUUGCCUCACAAGGCCGAAGCCAAGUGUAUGCGAGUCAUAGCUCAUUCUCCCCACCAUUUACUUAGCUAUUUCAUAGUCAUCAUCGUCACAAUCAACGUGGCCUGCGAUCCAAUCCCAUACUUCUGGGAGCAAUACACCGACCCCAAUACCGCUGUGGGCAGCUGCAUUGAUAUUCCCAAAUUCUUUUUCGGAAAUGGUAUCGCGGCAGUCCUGAUCGACAUUAUGAUUCUCAUCAUCCCGAUCCCCAUUACCUGGAAACUACAGAUGCCGAAAACUCAGAGAUUGGCCGUGAUCGGGAUUCUAUUACUGGGUAGCUUGUGA